AAGGUUGUCCUCCCAGCUCUUGCCCAGAUAAGACGCUCAGCUAUGACAAUUCAGGAAGGCAUUCUCUGAGUAAAUUAGGGCAUUUCUCUGGAACGGGGGUACCAGGGGUAUCCGGAUUCUUCCCAGGAAUUGCUGGACAGAACCUGAUGAAGGCUGGAGUGACUGGUGCCAGGAUCUUCCCUUGAUGGUAGUUUCAGAGGCUCAGGGAAUGCUGACCAUGGUCCUGACCCCCACUGUAUCCCCGCCCCCCAAGCUGGGGGGGGUGUUGGCAAGGUUGUGUGGGGUCCCCAUGGCUGUUGCUGCUUCCCCCUUUCUACAGGCAGAUUUUUUGAAAGGAUUACCUGUCUACAACAAGAGCAAUUUUAGUAGAUUUCAUGCUGAUUCGGUGUGCAAAGCCUCGAACAGACGGCCAUCAGUCUAUCUUCCCACAAGAGAAUAUCCAUCAGAACAGAUUAUCGUAACAGAAAAGACAAACAUUCUUUUACGUUAUCUUCAUCAGCAAUGGGACAAAAAGAAUGCUGCAAAGAAGAGAGACCAGGAACAAGUAGAACUAGAAGGUGAGAGUUCAGCGCCCCCCCGAAAAAUUGCCAGGACAGACAGCCAGGACAUGAACGAAGACACUUAGGACUCUUGCUUUCCCUCGACAACUUGUCUACAGGCGCUUCCUGUCUUGUUUCAUCACAGUGUGUAAGCCCCUUCCCUCCGCACUAUGCAGCCCAAACCACUUCUGACUUCAUAGGAGCCAAUGUAUUUAUUUCCGUAAUUUUUAUUUAUGUUGUAAAAUGUAUGGAGUGAUGGUUAAAAGCAAGUCAUCGGAUGGUGUAGUGUAACAUUGGUAGAUGCUUUUUAAAAAAAUACAUGGUCACUUUUUUUUUCCAGGUUUUACUAGAUCUGUUACUUAAUUAACUCGGAAGUAGCUGGGAAAAGGUGGGAGCCAAGCACAGCCUUAUGUGUCUUGUCCCCUCUAGGGCUGGGGCAUUGCCUAGUCCCAGAGUCUGGGGGUGGGGGUUCAGUGACAAUGCAGUCUGGGCCUUCCAGGCCUUACCCACAAGCUUCUUCUGGGACCUCUUGGAGCUCACAGUGUUUCCUCCCAAUGGCAGGGCCCUUAGGAGGCCAGUGGGUUUGCUUGCAGCUCCACUCUCAGCCUCAAAAACCGUCAGACUCCUCCCUGCUGGAGUUGGUCAGUUCAGAAGGCUCUUUGUGGGCUUCUCUUGUGUCCCCUGGGCACUUGGCAAAGGCUGCAUGUUUGGGUAGUAUUGAGUGCUCCAACUGCAGGGCCUCCAUUCCAGGAAGCUGGAGUUAACGGAACUCCUUUGGUUUUUUGUUUUGUUUUGUUUUUUGUUUUUAUUAUUAUUAUUUUUCCCUCCCCCAUCAAUUUAAUAAGGACUGGCGUGUUCAACUUCUCCAAUCAAAUAAAAGGAUAUUUCUUAU